GCUUAACCGCCCCAAUCUCGUCGUCUUUCGUUGAUUAUCUGGCAAACUCAGGGUCAAAGAGAUGACGGAGCUCGAAGUGUUUUGGUAUUGUGAUGAAGCUUCUUCUUCUGUGAUUUACAUGUCAUAUAUGUAGGAAAUAUUUGGUUUCGGAAAGAAGUCAUUUCGUAAUUGACAACUAAAGAAGACUCUCUGUGCUUCCGCUUUUGCCUUCUAAAAUGGAAGAGGAGCACAGAAACAUCCUUCGAAAGCAUCGAGAAGCGCUUGUAAGGGACCUAGAACCUCUGAAGCUGUUAAACAGACUUGACGUUCUUGGUGAUGAUGAUCGGGAGCUGGUGAAAGCAAAGAAAACACGAUCAGAACAGGCUGAAGAAUUACUCGACAUGCUUCCCAGAAAGGGAGAAGAUGCUUUUCAGAACUUUAUCACAGCUCUGUGCAAUGGUAGCCAGAAAUUCCUUGCGAAGCCUCUCAUAAGGGCUUCAGGGAUGGACGAGUCAAGGUUUUUGAAAGGUGAGGUUGUUUUUGUUUGUUCACCGACAAAAGUAUGGUUUGCAAGUAAGAAGUAUGGAUAACAACAUCGUUCACGUUUUCUCCUCAUCUGUAUUUCCCUAUGUCCAUACCAACUCCCAAAACUGAUCAACACGUAAGUUCUCUUCGUGAUUUCAAAAUAUUAUUCUGCCAAUAGGUGAGGGAAAUCGAAAAGAUUACCUUCAAGAGGAUGUAAUACCAACUUUUUCUACUCAGAAAAAAAAUGUGGCAGUUAGAGAGGGGAAUUGGUAAUCAGAUCUUUAGAUUUAAAGGUCAUAGACUGAUACUGAAAACUUCUUUGAUGUGGAUAAAUUCUUGCUCACUUACCCUACUGGUUCACACAAUAAAAUCCAAGGAACUGUACAACAGACCCAAUGUUUGUCUUUCUCUGUACCCACUUCUUUUUGCUGACCCAUGCACAUUCUUCCAUAUUGGUGUUAGUUGUUUUUCGUUCUUCUAAGUGUGCAAAAGAAAAUGAUAAACUAUGUAGGAAAGAAGGCAUGCCUGCAUGUUGGCAAGAAAAAGAUGUGCCUGUUUUACAGCAGCAGAUAACCAAAUGUUACAAGUUCAUGUAUGUGAUAGUGUAUUCUGAUUGCCCGGGUGAUUGUUGUCCUGAGAAGGACUGUUGUGGGUGGUAGUGACUGAUGUUUUGACAAUCUGAGUGGAAGUUGUUAUAAGAGUCAAGUGAAUAGAUGAUGUCAGUUGAAUGUACUAAGUCCAAUUCGUGUAAACUGAUUGGUCAGUGUAGCCACGAUGUUAUUGGAUGUGAGACUCAAGUGUUGUGAGUCAGUUGUGAGUGGUCAGUUUUGAUCCAUUGGUAAAGUUUGGUCUUUCUGUUCAGAUUGUUUGUGAUGUUAAGGACUAUAAUCUCCCAAUUGAUCAGACUACACUAUUACAAGUUACCCCUGGGUUCAAACCAUUUACUGAAGUAAAUAUAUGUUAACUAACAGUACAUGUAUUUAUUAAAUACCCAAAUAAGUACUUCUGUUAUUUAAACAGAGGUAUAUAAGUGCUUGGCAUGGUCAAAAAUUUGGUAAGACCCAGUUGUAUAAUUCACAAAACAACUUUCUGUAACUGUAAGUCUAUGAGUGUUGCAUAGGAGUCAAUAGCCCCACACAACACAGGCUUUUUUUACUGAUGCAUAUAUACGGUUUUCUGUAACACAAUGAAUGUAAUUGAGGAAGGCUUCUAUCAGUAAUUGCAUUCACAUGUGUGUGAGGAAAAAACAGGAAAAGUAGGAUUCAUAUAUGAAGAUAUUAUCUCCUUUCUAUCCGCUGAUAUUUAGUAUAGCUACCUUGGCAGAGAUUGCAUAAAAAAUUUUUGUUUUGUUCAGAUGAGGUUGGUAUGACAGAAGAACACAAGAGAGUGCUUCGUGCAAGUUCAGAUCAAUUUUCUUCCAUGGAUAUAAAAAAGUUGCUACCUUAUCUAACCAAAGUGCUUGAUGAGUAUGACAAACAAGAACUGCAAAGUGAUCAAAAGUCAAACUGCACCAAAAUGGAUCAACUGCUGACUGAAAUACUUCCAAAAAAGGGUCCUGAAGCAUUUGGAUAUUUUGUGAAAGCAGUAGAGAACGUUGAUUUACCAUUGGCUAAAAAAAUACAGGAAUCUGGAAGAGAAGGUUCUGUAUAUGUAACACUAUUUUCAGCAUCUUUGAUAACAUGUAAACCACAUGAUGUUCUUGAUGAUUCAUAACAGAUGUAACUUGUCAGUUUGGAAUGGUCGUGUUGUGAACCUCGUAGAAAACAUUUGAAUUAUUUCAUUUGGUUUUAAGGGUCACAUUAAUUAUCAGUAAUUGUGAUUGAAAGGAUGUGAUUCAUUUUAUUCACUUUAUUUAUUAGAUGUCCAGAUCCAAGGCAUUUCAGAAAAGUAGAACACAGAUCACAAGUUUAAAUGGCCCCUAACUUCAAAAUUCACCUAUUUGUGUAUAUUUUCAAGAACUGUGCCUCUCUUCUUACAACACUCUUUUGCAUUAUUGUAUAAGUAUUCUUUUAUAUGCGCAGUCUAACAUUAAGCAGUUGUCAAGGUGCUUCUUGCAUUUAUCUCUUGAGCAAUCAGUCAGUGAAUUAUAUACUAAUUUUUUCUUAAUGUGCACAGGAUCUCCUAAUGAUGACAAAUCAUCCACACAUACUGGUUCCAUACAAGAAACCUCUGUUUACUCAUUAAAAUCAGAAGUCCAAGAUAUUUUAGAUGAGCAACCUGAGGUGUUUGAAAAAUUCUGUAAGGAAAUGGACAAAGAAAUUUUUGGGAAUGGAUGGAAAAGGUUGGCUUAUUUUUCAGAAUUUCAUGUGAACAAAUUUUACACUGUAGUGUUAUUAGUACAAAAAUUUUGAAUUUUGUAGUUUGAUCUUCAAUGAAACUCCUCAAUUCAGGAGUUUAAACUGGUAUCAAGGAGCUAUUAGAGAAUAUGACAAAAUGCCUAAGGUAGCCUGUAAUCAACCUUGGUAAAAUCAAGGGGAGUAGCAUAAGUCUUAUGUGCUUAACCUACAGAAACUGCAAAAGAUUUCUGUGGUAUGAGCAAUUUGGCUUGUUUCCUGUGAUAUAGCACCUCUUCACCUCGGCCCAUUGUCCUUUUAUUUCAGACUUUUCAAAGAACUUGGCUUGCCAGCUAAGGGAGAAUCUUUUGUGGAAAAAGAACCUGGAAGCCAUACACUCAAUGUUAUCAAGGGCUGGAUUUCUUAUGAUGGAAGUGGGGCUACUGUUCAGACUCUCCUUGAUGCUGUAAAUCGUUCUCAGCGCAAAGAUUGUGUACGCUACAUUCUGAAACCUCUUAACCUUGGCCAGGACUAUGUUGAUAGCCCUGUUAAUGAUAUGACAAAGAAAUUUGAGAGUUUAAGUGAGUGAAAUAAAAUAUACUAUUAAUUGCCUUAACCCUUUAAUUCCCAGAAGUGAUUAACAUGUAACUUCUUUGUGCGGUUUGCAACUUUGUCAAUACUGGCAUCUGAAUGAAUGCUUGGAUUGGUCAACCUAGUACUAGGUCCCUCAGGAGGCAAGUUGCUUGCACUGCAUCAAUCUCUGUGUAGUAGUUAAAGGUUCAAAUCACAAUUCACAUGACUGUCUAUCAAAGUACCAAAUCUAUUGAUACUACAUGCCUCAAUCUUGUUGUCUACCCAUAGCUAGGUGUAUGUAUGCAAAUGGUGCAUCUCAUCCCUAGUAAGUGUUUCUUCCUUCUGACUAAUUUUCAUGUUGUAAGCCAUUUAAUAAGCUCCUCUUUUGGAUGUAAUUGAAGUGAAACAACAAACACUAAAGCAAAAGGCAAGGCUAGCAUGCCAAGUUCCACUCCUUUUUUCUUUCAUCAUUGCUCAUCAUUUCUUUUCAUGCUAAUCCAGAAAAGGGGCUGGUUACUUGAUUGUCACUCAUUAUCACCUUGAGGAUAAAGUGUUAUAAUAGUUUUGGGCAAGGAUUUGCAUAGCUCACAUUGACUCAAAUUAGGGGUGCUAUUAGGAAUAGUUUGCUCAGAUACCAUAUUAGAUUAAGGUAGAAGAAGACACUAAUUAAGGAGAUAAGCACAAAAAGUUGAGCACAUGCUCACUCUACCCAUCCUCUUUCUUUCAUUCUGCCUGUCAGCCAUCAGUUUGGUCUGAAUUUAUUUCACACCCCAACCUGUGUUUGCUUUUUGGAUUAAAGAUGGCUACUGUAUAUCUGAUAGGAGAAUACUUAUACUUUGCCAUUGCUAACCAAAAAGUACACCUGCAUUGUACAUGUAGGUUAUGAUUUUUGGCUCAUGUACAUACCAAUAUCAAUUUAACAACUGAAUCACCAAGUGGAGGUUGGGUGCCUAAGAAAUCUGGGAAUAGAAUAGAAUAGAAUAGAAUAGUUUAAUAUUUAAUGUCGAAGAUGUGGAAAGUGUUUGCCAGAGGCUCGUGUUAAAAAAAACGCUCAACUGACUAAAAAUACAAAACAAGAUCAAAUGUGAAAAAAAUGUGAGGAGCUUGACUAUUGGCAGCCAGCUCGUAGAUGGAGUGUGCUCCCAUGGUGGGAAAAUCCUGCUAACCCAGCCAUAAGCCCCCAGGCAGGAAAGGGAAACAGGCACCCAUCAGACUGAAUAAACAGUGGAAAGAGGGAGGGAAGGGGUGGGGAAAACUGCGUGGACGAUGAGCUGCCACUCCGAACAGCACUGAAAGUUCACGCCCAAAGCACACGCAAGAAUGCCUCGAAUGAAAAGCACAUGGAAUUCCGACACGUGCAUAUACUAAACCGCUGACUACUAGAGAAUGCUGAGGCUCUUUGUUGUUAACUCUGUGAAAUUGCAUUUAACUGCAUUUAAUAUUGUUUUCAGGUCCGAGAGAAGUUAAAUGUUUUGGAGACCUAACCCUCGAUGAAGCAACUCGUAUCACAAAUGAGCUGGGACAGCUUGCAAUAAACCUGUUGAGGAGGGAACUUGAAAAAGUGCCUGGGCAAAACAAAACGUACCUACCAGAAAUGAUGCUAGAAAGCAAAAAUUACACCAUUCGUAGAUACACAAACCUGAUUACAGAUGGUGAAAGACCAAGUGUGAUAAAGAAAUUUAGGCAGGUCUUGCCUGCUCAUAAGGGAGUCAUUGGUGAGUUUUGCAGUAAUGAUGUUGAUUUAGCCCUGCAUGAGUAUAAAGCUAUAGGUUUUGGUUUAUCAUAAAACAUGGGGGGGAGGUCAUAUUUUAUUUCCUGAGCUGGUCAUUAUGCUGUGCUUGACAUACUUUACUUUGAGGGAGGGUAGGUGAGGGGGCUCACUUGUAAAGUAUAAUCAACCUGUCCAGUCGGAGUAAUAAAGUUGUUCUAUUCGUUGUAUGCUACAGGAGUUAGGAUUAGCUCGAGUUCUGAUAGACCAGUCGGCUUGUUAUACACUAAGGCGCAGGGUGGGUGUUGUACAUGUGCAUGUGUACAGUGGUGCGAAGUAAGGCGUAGGGUAGUAAAACGUGCGUACAGCGUGCUUGGCAGUGGAUAGCUAGCAAGUAUUUUAUCUCUGCUGUUAGGAAAAGCUUUGCAGUUCCUUUCAUAACAAUAAACGAUGUGUUUUUGUUACUUUGAUAGGUCCAUUGCUGUCACCCGAUACGUUUGUAAGAGAGAUACGCUACUCCCAUCGAAGAGACCUGACCAGAAACUUGUGUGGUAUGUUCCAUCUCAAUCUGCCUAUCAAUUAAAAUUCAGAACAGCUAGAAUUACUUUUAACUGUAUGAAACGCCAACAGUGCGGCUUACUCCCAAAUAGCAGGCGCUUUCGUGAAAAGACUAAGAAUAAGCUAGAGUAACAUUAAAUGUUUUAGAGAGAGAUGUUUUUUUCGUCUUGUCACGUCUUCGUCAUGAACGAAUGAUUAGUGAAAAAUAAAGCAGCUACUGCACCAAUCACAUUUGAGGAAACUGUAAUGGUUGUGAUUAAUUGAGUAGAACAGAUCGCCAAGAGAUGGGAAAAGAAGAGUAAGACUUUUGUUACGUCAAUGUAAAAACUUCCAGGAUGCUAAAAAGAGAUUCAAAAUUGUGGCAUCCCUUUUCACAAUUUUCGUUAAAGGAGGUUAACUUAUGGUCAGUUACAGUGCAAUCUUAAAACUCAGGCAGUAGCUAAGACAAUAAUUAUAUUGUGUAUUGUUUCCGAUGCAUACUUCUCAUUCAAUAUUGACCAAAAAGAUGUCAGACGUUCAAAUGUCAUGAUGAGUUUAAUUCCCAGAUCUAUGUCUGUGUGGAGCCACCCUUUCUUACUGUGUGCAAGCUGUCUGAUCUAUGAAGAAUCAUUUAUCCACGAGCCAAUUUGCCUGAUUUGUUUGUCUGUUUGUUUGUUUUGAAUUGUUGUCGUUCUCGUUCUUGAUGAUUGACUGUUCCAAGGAUGGUUGCGUAAGGGAUAGUUUAAUGUUUAGAUUGACGAAAAUCCAACCUUGUUCAUUUUUCAUUGGGAUUUUCAGCGAACGACAAUUGGAAAGCUUUAGCAGAGAAACUUGGUUUGGACAACACCACCAUCCAAUACCUUGACAACAGAAGAAUAGAAAAUCCAGCUGAUGAAGUCUUAAGAAAUUGGGAGGUCAAGGCUCAUAGCACAGUAGGAAAACUGUAUGAUAUUCUGGUUGAACUAGAUUACCCAAUCAUAGCUGAUUAUUUGUAAAGAGUAACUAUUUCUAGGGAACUGUUUUUUAGUAACGGAAAUAAUGCGUUUUUCGCUAAAGUGUAAAUCAUAACAACUUAUAAGUGGACGAUCAAAAGUCCACGUGGAACUGUCCGAAGCCCCACAAAACGUGGGUGAGUCAUUCGUGACUCUUUUAACUUUUGGUUAUGAUCGAUUGAGACAGCGGCGCAAGUUUGUUAUACCUAUGACUUUCCCUAAUUGUGGACGUCUCACUGACACCUGGAAGUUAAAUGUUUCGUUCCCUUCUUCCUAUUGUGCUUUUUUUAGCAUUACGUUUAAACAGAGGAGUCAAAGUGUGCGAUAGAUAGCUGUGGAAGACGUAUGAUCGCUAUGUGAGGCUCAAAAACGCCUUUGCCUAAGGUUGCUUUUUUUCUCUUUUUUUUUUUUUUGGUAAAAUUUAAUUUGCCUGGUUUUAAACAAAGUAUAACUUCGGUCGCGGUUUGAAGUCAUGAAGUUACUUACCAAAGUAACAUCGUAAGGAUAUUAUAAUCUUUAGCAUUGCGUCGAAGACUUUCAAGAAGUUUAGUGACAUAUUUUUUGUGUGUUUGAACAGGCUUAGAGUGGACAAAUUUUCUUGUAACAAAACUGAGUAAAAUAACUUUAAUUCGAUUAAAAGAAGUAGAAAAAAUUAAUUCCUAAGAAAUGCAGAUGUUGCUGUCGUUAGCUGGCAAUAGAUUAAAUGGUUACAAGAUUUAGAAAACUAUUAAAUUAUCCAAAUUUUUACACAGUGGUGUUAAGCAAAGAAACUCACUCCACCAGUUCAGAUAUCAUGCUCUUAGUGGUCGUUGUAAGAUGCUUGAAUCAGCUGGGAGAAUAAUAUGGAGAAAACUCCGUAUCAACUUUAGGUUUAUCCGUUAAAGAACAAAUCGUGGUAUACUGAUCUUUUAUUAAAAAACAGUCGCCAUCGGACACUUUAUCACUUGGAGUCUUCUCUAAGAAUUCCCAUGGAGGAGAGGAAACUUUGUAAUUUCAUUUCAUUUGAACAGUUUUAAUGCCGUGAAUAUGAAAGCGAUCUUCGCAGUAAUGAACACCACUUGAGGAGUAGUGAAAAUAGGGCCU